AUGUCAGGAUCAUCGGGUAAAGAAUCCCUCAAAAUCUUCCCAAAUGAACUCAUAAUCGAGAUCCUCACUUGGCUUCCUGCCAAAACCCUGGUACGAUUCCGCUGCGUCUCCAAAUCCUGGCGAGUUCUGAUUUCAACGACGAAUUUGAUCAAUUCCCACCUCAGGAAGUCUUCCAACAGGGAUGAUUAUGCUCACCAUCAAGUUCUUUUCCGGUGCGGGACACAAUUUGGUAAAACCUGGGUGCCCAACUACGAAACUAGGUAUUUCCCUCUUGCCCCUGCCUUGUUUGGUGAUGUCAAUACUCCUAUUGAGUCAACCCUAGUGGAGGAUCCUUUCAUGAAUAGCAGCGAAGGUGGUAUUGUGGGCUGUUCAAAUGGUAUUGUUUGUGUUUGCGUUAAAAUGGAUGUUUUUUUCUGGAACCCUACAAUUCGGAAGUUUAAGAAAUUGCCUAAAUUUCAUGUUCCAUCGGAGGAUUGGAGCUACAGCGAAGCUUUGUUUGAGUACAACGAGGUUUAUGAUGAUUAUCAAGAUCAAUUGUCUUUUUUCGUGCGUGGGAAGCUGUAUUGGAAAACAGGCACUGGUAGAAGGGCAGAGAUUUGUUACUUUGACUUGAAGACUGAAACAUAUGGAGUGCUGCAACAUCCUGAUUAUGGUAGUGGCACUUUUGAUUCGCGGUUUGGAGUUUUUGAAGGUGGUCUGGUUAUCUGUUGUUAUUAUCGGACUAGUCAUAUAGAUCUGUGGAUACUGAAGGAAGAGAGGUUGAGGCGAUUCUGGACCAAAGUGCUUUUAGUCCCUAAGUUGAAGGAUCCAAGUCGUAAGAAGUAUUGUGUGCCAAUUUUCAUGUCCAAGGAUGGAAAAAUUCUCUUUGGGUGCUCGAAAUUCUUGGCUCUGUCUGACCCGAUGAAGAAAUCUGUGACAUACCCUCGCGUAAAAUCUUUUGGUGAACCUUUCCUAGUUGAGGUAGUGGUUGAGAGUUUGGUAUUGAUUAAUGAUCAUGAUGCAAAAGGGCCGGUGAAGGAUACUGAUUUGUCUAUUAUCGAAAUGAUGCGGCACCUUCAUCCCCAUUUCCAUCCAGUAUAGGCUAAUCUGAAGUAUUGUAAAGGCGAUUGAAUGAAGCUGUGAAGAAGGAGCUGUUUUGGGAGGAUAACUAUGGUGCUGCUAGUAGUAUAUUAAUGCGUAAACGUUGUAUGCUCGCAAUGUUUGCUGGCUAACCUUUGUGUGUUACUUCACGACAGCGAAACAUUGUGUCAGAUGAACCUUUAAUGUAGGCUAAGAUCGUGUUAAGGAUCAAAAUGUCAUCAUGUCUGGUAUGUGCUUUUGUUUCUAUUCUCUUCCCUAUCAAUGACCAAACCCCUGUAUGACACCAAACAGCUCGCUAUCUGAUUGAAGUCUAUGAUCGAAUAGGCGAGCAGACAUAUUUUAGUGUUU